GCGAACAAGCGUCCAAAUUCUCUACAGCAUUUCGCAAUCGCAAUUUCGCAGAGCAUACACAGCAUUUGUCGGCGGCGGUGACGAAAGCGAAGCAGAAGCGUUCGUCGGAGGGAGUUCGAAGAUGACCGGUGUUAAGGAAGACAAGAAGCCAACGGAGCAAGGCCUCAAGGUCAAGGAACAGUUCGAGUUGGUGCGAACGAAGUCGUCGAAGAGAGUUCAUUCCGAGCGCGAGCCUCGUGAGAGUGAGAGGGACCAUGACAGUGGCAGAGGGAGAAGGUCCAAGAGGGAUGAAGUUGAGCCAAGGGAGAAGAAGAGAACGGAGAACGACGAGGGUAGGGGAAGGAGUAGUAGCAAAACGGAGAGGAGAACGGAGAACCACGACGACGACGGUGGCGGAAGGAGUCACAAACGGUCGCAUUCGAGGCACGAGAGGUCGCCGGAGCGCAAUGGGAGGGGCCGGCAUAGCUCACAGUCUCCGCCGAGGAGCCGGCAUAGGUCUCGGUCGCCGCCGCAUCAUCACGCUUCUCCCGCGAAUGCAAAACCUCGUGAUGAGAUGAUGAAUUCAAGAGGAGAUGAACAAAUGGAUGAUGAGGACGAGUCUAUUAGGAAGAUGAAGGCUGCUGAGGAGGCUUUGGAAGAAAAACAGAAGCAAAAACCUUCAUUUGAGCUAUCUGGAAAGCUUGCAGCUGAAACAAAUCGAGUCAGAGGUGUUACUUUGUUGUUCAAUGAACCACCAGAGGCUCGAAAACCAGAUAUUAAAUGGAGGCUUUAUGUUUUUAAGGCUGGGGAAGUGCUAAAUGAGCCCCUCUAUAUACAUCGCCAAAGUUGUUAUCUUUUUGGAAGGGAAAGAAGGGUGGCUGAUAUCCCUACAGAUCAUCCAUCUUGCAGCAAGCAACAUGCUGUUAUUCAAUUUCGGCAAGUUGAAAAGGAGCAACCAGAUGGUAUGUUGUUAAAGCAGAUAAGGCCUUACAUUAUGGACCUUGGAAGCACAAACAAAACUUUCAUUAAUGAUAGUCCUAUUGAACCUCAUCGAUAUUACGAACUUAGGGAAAAGGACACCAUUAAAUUUGGUAAUAGUAGCCGAGAAUAUGUAUUACUACAUGAGAAUUCUAUUGGGUAAUGGGCAAUAACUCCAAUUUCGCUCCAUCUUGCUCAUCAGAACUGAUUAAAGCAACAGUCGACCAACAAUUUUUGUAAUCCAUGUCCAACUUAUGUGUAUUCCAUCCUUUCACAGGUUCAUAUUUUUCUCCAUGUUUCUUGUUAUUAAUAUACAAGACACAUUGGAUAACCCUUUUUAAGAUGUAGAAUUCAAUCUUGACCCCCUACUUCAGCAAAAUUCACCCUUGUAAGUUGGUAAAUUUGCCCUGUGAACUUAACUCGCGCUUGUUUGGAACAUUUGUUUGCUAGUUUCGGAUAGGGUUUAAGUUGCAUUAUGUAGCAUUUCGUUCUCCUCCCCCUCCCUAGGUAACCUGGUGAGAAUCUCUUGAGCAUCACUAUAGAAUAAAAAACUUACAUUUGUUGAAGUUGAGGACUCUUGAUACUAUUUUAUUUCUUGAGGUAA